GGUGAUCGGCCGCGCCGGCUCCGUCGGCCGCGUCGGCUUCGACUCAGCGCCUGCGCACGCGUCGCUCGACCGAAUAUAGAGUUGUGAUACUGGAGCCGGCGGCCGGCUGCGUGCAGGGCGGUCGGAGCGGCGCAGACGCGCGCGGUGGGCCGCGAGCAGCACGUGGGGCGCGCCGCCUCGGGUGCACGGCCGGCGAGUGGUGCUGCAGUGCGGCGAGAGGACUGGUGGGGCGCGGCUGUGGGGACUGCUACAGCAGGACGUGUCGGUGUGGGGACAGAGGAGAGAUGGCCUGACUGGUGUGCACCGCGGCAGCAAGACGUACCCGAAGGAUGACCGCGCUGGCCUGCGCUACAUAGGAACUAUGCAAGAUUGCGAUGGCGACGGUGACAUGACUAUCAAGAGCACACACGCUGACAUGGCUCCGCUGGGCUUGCGGUUUCCGCUCGACUUUGACCUGAGUUUGGGUCAGAUGACGCAGGACGAGACGGAACUCAAUUCGAGCUCGUCCAUGAAGGGCUACUCACAGAAGAACUACCACAUCGGCGACGGCACGCUCUACAGCGUGAUGAUCCCGCACCAGACCAAGCAGGUGGCCAGGACGUACCGCGGAUCGACGCCGGGCCGCGGCAGGGGCAGGGGUCGCGGCCGGGGCCAGGGCACGCGCGGCCGCCGCCAGCUCAAGUUCCACCAUCAGGCGCUGCCGCCUGAGUACCUGGACCACUACGUGCAGCGGCUCAACCAGGAGGCGGCCUCGCGGCUGGCGCAGGAAGUGACGGCGCAGGCGGCGCGCGCGAGCUCGCCGCCGGCGGCGGCGGCCGGGCCGCAUCCGCACCUCACUCCCGACGUGCUGAGUGCCGCGUGCCAGGCGGGCCGCCGCCACGGCGGGUCCACCGUGCGGCCAGAGACGCUCAGCAAGGUGGCGUCCGUGAUCGCCGCCAACUCCAAAUACCGUCAAAUCCUGCCGCGGCCGGCGCCGAACCGGGGCCGUGGGCGGGGCAGAGGGCGGGGGCGGGGCCGGGGGCGCGGCUCGCGUGCCAUCCCCGGCUUCAUCCAGGAGGUGCACGGCAGCAUGAACAAGGGUCAGGACAAGAUCCUGGUGGAGAAGUCGUCGUACGACGGAGGCAGCCUCUUCCCAACCUCGGUGUCGGCGCACCUGGUGAAGGCGAUCCCAGGUGCGUCGACGCCGGCGGCGGCCGGCUGUGAGCCGCCGGGCGCCGCCGCGCCGGACGUGCAGGCGGCGCUCGCGCGAUUGCAGACGCUCGAGGGUCGCCAGCGCAGCCGCAAGCCGCGCAAGGCCGACAUCUGCCACAUGGUGGAUGGACGCCGCUCGCCACCCAGCCCGCCCAUGUCCAUGCUGCAGACGCUGCUCAGCGCAAAGCCAGAGCCGGGCGAUGGUGCCUACGGCUUCUACAGUCGGCUCAACGAGUACCUGCCGCUGUAUCAGCGGCUGGUAGCCGGCAGCGAGCCGCUGCAGCAGGAGGAGCCGCUCAACCUGUGCAUCCGCGACCUCAGCCUCAGCGAGCGGCCGGCGCCGGGCGUCAAGCGCGAGCCGUCGCCGGACGAGGCGUGCUCACCGCCGCGCUCGCCCGAGCCCGCCUGGGCCGGCGACUACGUCUUCUGGCCCGAGGCCGGCGUGAUGGUGCACCCGCUGAUGCUGGAGCACCACUGGCGGCAGCGGCGCCGCGACGCCGCUGCCUGGGCCGGCGACGCGCCCGCCAGCCCGCCGGCCGAUGGCAACGACGCCGGCUCGAGGCGCAAGAAACGCUCGCCAGUCCACCUGCCGGCCGGCGCCGAGCCCACCGACUCGGACGUCAGCAUCUGCAAGUUCAAGUUCAAGGGUGGAGCCAACCCCAGCCUGCAGGAGAAGAAGAAGCUCUCGCUGAACAGCGACGGCCAGUUCCGCUUCUUCCAGAACGAGCGCACGCCGCCGGGUGAGCCGCCCCCGCUGCCGCCGCUGCCGGUGGCGUCCACCAGCAGCGAGCGGGCGGCACCCAGUCCCGAGCGCAAGCGGAAGCGGCCCGGUCCGGCCGACCCGCAGCGCCAGCUGGAGAAGAAAUUCUGCGAGCAGGGCUUCCUCAUCCAAACGGCGCAGACCGAAUCGGCCGAGGGCGCCACCUACUGCAAGUUUCGUCAGCUGAAAAAGUUCACACGUUACCUGUUCCGCAGCUGGCGCGACUACCUGCCGGAGGCGGGCGCCGCGGCCGGCCUGACAGCGCAGGAGGCCGACGAGGGGCCGCCGCCGCUCGGCGGGGUCGACUUGUGACCGCCUGCUGUCGGGUCGGCGGCUAGUCGCACUGGAGACGGGGGUAGGGGCUCGGCAGCCGCAGGCGGGAGUGCGGGCCAGUGAGCGUCCGGUGUGUAUUAUGGAGCGAGUCGACGCGGGCGAACGGACCAAGCGAGCGGCGCGCCGCCGUUGUCAUUUGUUACUGUUAUCACAUGCGAGGAGGGACACAUGUGCAAUGCCUAGUCACGCGUUUGCAGUGCCAUUUCAAGCAAUAAACGGUCCACUGUGGCUUCACAUAACG